GUCUGGGGUUCGGGUAACUCGUGACAUUCCUGAUAUGUAUGCAUUAUAGUAGGUUUAUUUCUAAUAGCCUCUUUGGGUGAGCUUAACUUAUUGGGUGAGUUUACAUAUAUGUAUAUUUGGGUGAGCUUACAAAUUGUGUGCAGAAACUGAUUUUAAAAAGUGAAAGACGAAAUAAAAAAGCUUUAAUUUUUGUUUAAAUAAAAUUUAUUCAGUUCUUGAUUUUGAAAUGGUUAACUUAUCAGGCGUUUUAAUUGGCAUACAAAGAGAAAUAGAGGAUGUCAAAAAUCUUGUUACACUCGUUAUUGUUGUUAUUGCUGGUCUUGUUUUGUUGUCUGGUUCUGCACUUUUAAUUAUUUAUUUUCAAUCAAUUAUAAAUUUUGUAAUUGCAAUGUAUCUAUGGUUGAAUCUUAUUGGUUUAUGUAUCAUUUUUGUUGCAAUAAUUGGUUUUAUCGGAAUGGUUUUAAUCAAAAUUGUUAAAGGAAUUGUUAGAGCUGUUAAAAACUUGUUUCAUAAAUUAAUUGAAUUAUUAAGAGGAAGCGGUUAA